GGUCAGAGCGGUCUUGGGCGGGUUCUCUCUGGCCGUCCAGCCCUGAGCUUCCUUUCCCCGGUUCCCUCGCCUCCCCUCCGCUUUCCCGCCCUCCUCAUCCUGAGAUUUAAAAGAGAGCUGUUGAGUGUGACCACCCCAGCAUCCCUGAAUAUGUAUGCCUGUGCAAAAUUCGUCUCUGCUCCCACCCUUGUGAGGAACAGUUCCCGGCUGCUGUGCCGGCCCAUCGCUGCCUCCAUCCUGAACAGGACUGAGGUCCGGACAGAUGAGCCCCGCUGCAUUGUAGCUGCUCAGAAUGCACUUCUGCCUGUAUUGUGCCGGGAGUUCCAAACCAGUGCUGUAUCCAGGGACAUCGAUACUGCUGCCAAGUUCAUUGGCGCUGGCGCUGCCACUGUAGGUGUAGCUGGCUCCGGUGCUGGCAUCGGGACCGUGUUUGGCAGUCUCAUCAUUGGCUAUGCCAGAAACCCCUCCUUGAAGCAGCAGCUCUUCUCCUAUGCCAUCUUGGGUUUUGCGCUCUCAGAGGCCAUGGGGCUGUUCUGCUUGAUGGUGGCAUUCCUCAUUCUCUUUGCUAUGUGAAGGAGCCAGAUUAUGCCACCUGUUCGGUGCUCCCCUCUCUUCCUCCCGUAUUUAGUCCACUGUGUAUGCCAACCUCAUUAUGCUGUGACAGAUAGAGAACGGGCCACCUGUAAACCAAAUCCGUCCGGUUCGGCGGAGGCAAAUGAAUAAAUACUGUAUUGGUAUACAUUUUCUGUUCUA